AUGUCAAAAAUAACCCCACGACGCAUUAGAUGUCGAAGAAAUUUAUUGAAAGACGUCUAUAGUGAAGACGAAGAAGACACCGCAUUGACCAAGGGUGUCGAAUUGAGCGAUUUAUCCGAGUCUGAAGAAGGAAGUUUGGACUCCGAGAAUGACGAGAGUGAAGAGUUGAGUCAAAGUGAAGCUGAAGAAGGCGAAAAUACUAAUGUGGCGGUGUUGGAUGAAACUAACAGUGGUGAGAGUAGUUCGAAUUUGGAAAAGAAGGAAGAAAAAAUCAUUGUUAAUAAUGGUAAUACUAAUGUGGAAGAGAGUAGUACUAAAGGGUUGUCGAGCGAUGAACGUGAAAUUAGGAACAAUCACGUGUCUUCGGCUGAUAAUGAAAUAGUUAAUAAAAAUGAAACUGUGACUGUGAAAGAGGAGAGCACAAAUGCAAAGGAGAGUCCAGAAUUGCCGCCGAAAACCAAUGAUUCUGAAUUAGCAUACACGAAAGAAAACACUCAACGAAUUCAUAAAGAAAAUGAGCAGGACUUGUCUGGCAAUAACUCAGCAGACGAACAGAAAAUCUAUGUGCAUCCAAAAGUUGAAAAGAGACCUAGCAUUCAAAGAAGCACCACUUCAUCAUCAAUAUCAUCAUCAGACACCGAUCAACCGAAAACUCAGUCUGAUGGUGAAAAAGAAAAAUUAACAGAAGUAGCAGGAACAGCAGAUGAUAAUACCACUAACACAGGAAAAAUCCAAGAACAUCAGGAACAAAACCAAAAACCCUUGACUGCUUGGCAGAAAAAAGUAUUAGCUAGGCAGGAAUACCGUAAAAAAUUGGUCGAGGAUCCAGCUUUUGUUCCACACCUUGGUGAGUUUUGGGGACAUGAUGAUCGAUAUAUGGAUGAUGGACUAAGAAAUGAUUUUGAUAAGCGGCGUAAGAAACCGCCACUUCCGUUCUCUCAGCAAUGGGAUCACGACGGUUUCGAAGAGUUAAUGCGCCUAGAAGACGACGAGGAGCGUAAACGGAGAGAAAGAUAUAAUCAUCAACGUGGACGUACUAAUAAU